AUUAAAUUCUCGUUAAUCUCUUGGUAGAUCAAGAACCUCCAUAGAUCGGUUUAGGUCAUAAUGGACAAAAAACAACAAUCACCACAGUAUCAAGUGUUCUUAAAUUUCCGGGGAGCUCAACUGCGCCAUAACUUCAUCGACCAUCUCGUAUAUGCCAUGAAAGGACGUGGGAUAAAUGUCUUCAUCGACACAGAUGAGCAAAAAGGUAAGGAUAUCAAAAUUCUUUUAAAGAGAAUUGAGGAAUCAAGAGUGGCGCUGGCUAUAUUCUCGACCAAGUAUACGGAAUCAUCAUGGUGCUUGGACGAACUUGCUAUGAUAAAUAAGCGUGUAGAUCUAGGCAUGCUUGAGGUGCUUCCUAUCUUCUACAAGGUGUCUACAGAAAGUGUUAAAAAACUUGUGGGAGAGUUUGGUGACCACUUUAGGCGUCGUGAGUGGGAAUAUCGUUGUGAACAAUCCAAAAUUUAUGAAUGGAAAAAGGCGUUGGAGUGUGUCUCUGCUAAGAUUGGCCUUACCUUGGAUGAGAAAAGUUCGGAGAGCAAUUUUAUCGGAUUAAUCAUCACAAAUGUCUUGGAAUUGCUAGAAAAAGUUUCAUCCAAAGAACAAACUACCAAAUCUCAAGUAAAGCUCAAGAUAACACAGCCUAGAGAGGGUGUUGGUCUCGCUACAGGAGGCAAGUCAUCAUCUUACCCAACCAAUGUACCGUCAGGAAAAACUUCCAUCAACCCGGCGUGGCUUGGUUCUGGUUCCAGUUUAUCAGGAGGCAACUCAUUAGGUCCCAGUGCCACUGUCGUCUCGGGAUUUGGUUCACAAUCUCUACAAGGUCCAUAUAGCAUCAUGUCUCAUCAAGGAUGGACAACAGGUCCCAGUGGAUUUGGUUCACAACAGUCUCUACAACCCCCGAUGCAAGGCAUCUAUGACAUGGGCCAAAGUGCAGGUUCAGCUUCUGCCACAGGAAAUGCAUUAGCAGCCCAGACCAAUCAAUUAAUAGGUUUUGGACAGCGACCACAACAACCUUAUAGCACGGUUAGAUCUAGUCUAGCUCCGAGUGGGCUCCAGAACAACCAUAAUGCUCAAUAUGGGCCUGGACAAUUAACUUAUAGCUCGUCCACAUCCUACAAUGGAGUUCCAAUCUCUAAGCAUGCCUACGUAUGGAAUCCUUUACCAGGGACAACAAUGACCUCGACAUUCCACUUCCCGCCGAUGGACUUUGGAAGUUUUGAUUCUGAUUCCGACUAAAAGACCUAUCCUUAGCCUUCACGAAUGUUCGGUCUAAAAUUAGGUAUAUCUACUUUCACGUUUGGUUUUUGCUGAUGGCCUGUACCACAUCAAUAAUGAAAGGAAACCAUUUUUGUUGCUAGAUUUGAUGCAUAAUCGAGUAUGAACAAAACUUACA